AUGUCUUCAUCAGAAGACCCCACUGUUUCUGCAACUCCCAUGGCUUCAUCAGAAACCCCCACUGUUUUUGCAACGCCAAUGGCUUCAUCAGAAAUUCCUGAGGUUGAUUCUCACAAUCAAAACUAUCCUGAAAAUCCAAUUUCUGGAUCUGCAACCCACAAUGUUUCUAAUUCAGUGGAAACACAUACACCUGUUCUUGAUUCUGAAAAACAACACCAUGCUGAAAAACCACUUGCUGGAAAUCAAACACCUCCUAAUGUUGAUCAGACAUUUCCAACAGGAUCUGCACAAAGGUACAUUGCUGACAUCAAUGGCUUGGUACCAACCAAAACUAUCCAUUUCCACAUAGUUGUUCGUGUUAUGACCAUCUGGAAAAUGAUAGAGAAUAAAAACAAGAAUGUCAAAUCUGUUGAGUUGGCAUUGAUUGAUGCUCAGGGAUCCAAGAUUCAGGCUACUAUACCUGCGAGGAUAAUGAAAGAUUUCCAGAAGUAUUUCCUUCAAGAGGGCUGUGCCAGGAAGAUAUCACGUUUUGAUCAUUGCCUGAAUAUAAGUGGGGGAUACCAGUGCUCAAAACACGAAUACAAAAUUGUAUUCCGACCUGAUACAAUUGUUCAAUCUGUUGGUUACCAUGACAUCCCUAAUCAUGUAUUUGAAUUUACCCCUUUUGCAGAAAUUACCAAUUUUGUUGCAAAUUUUGACUUCUGUUUUGAUUUGUUGGGACACAUAAUUGGUUACAGUGAUCCAAUUAUUGAUAAUGGUAAGAAGAGGAUUUCGGUCGAAUUGGAAGAUGAAAGGGCCGAUAGGUUAAAGGUCACAUUAUGGGAUGAGCACGCAGACAAGGUGUAUACCAUGAUGACUAAUAAUCCUGAUUACCCUGUUGUCCUUAUUGUUCAGUAUGUCAAAUGCAAAAAAUACUACUCUAAAGUUUUAAUCACAACAAAUCUGUUCAAUGGUAGGAUUUUCCUAAAUGACAUGACCAUUCCAGAUAUAUACGAAUACAAAUUCAGGGUUGAUCAGGCAGAUAUUAGAUCUGCAAGCAUCCAUAAGAUAUCCAUGCUAUCUUCCAUUUCAGGAUACACAAAUUUCGAUGAAUUUGUGCGUGAUGCUGAGAUGUUGACACUGGCUGGAAUUGAUGAUUUGGAACAGCCAUCAGGUGUUGUUGUUUUUGCAAAGAUAUCUGGAUUGGCAAAAGAGUAUGACUGGUCAUACAUAGGCUGUAGCAACUGUAACAGUAAGGUUGUUGAGAUUGAAUCAUCUGCAAAGGAAAACCUCACUGGUGGUAAACAACGGUCGGCCUUUGGCAAAGGUAGAAAAGUAGAUAAUGAAAAGCCAGUUGGACUAGCAAAGAGAUGGAUGUGCAAAAACCAUGGACCUGUUUCUGCCGUCGCUGCAAAGCUAGAUGUCUCAGACUAUAACAUUAGAAACAACACCAGUGAGAUAUCAGUUGCAAGGGUUACAACAGAUGCAGACGUUAUAAGGAAGUACCUUGAUGCUGUUUCAGAUGAUCAGGAAAUAGAUCCUGAGCUAAGUGCCGAAUUCUGCCAUAAUUUAACCCCAUUAUCUGAGAGCACUGCUAAGACAGCAGUUUCUUGCACUGACGAUAAUGAUAUGGGAGCUCCUGGAGAUGAAACGGGUGACAGUCCUCCACCGAAGAAGCAUGCAUCUGCACAAUCUGGCGAAGAAAGUGUCAAGUCCCAGCCCAACAAGCGUCGGCUCAGAUCUGAUCUAACUGCAAAUAUUGGCAGUCGUUACCUCUUGGAAUUGAAUCCAAACGUUGCCAAUCGAUCUGUUAUUAACACACAGUACUUUAGAGCCAUAAAUUGGCCUUCAGAACAAAAACUUUCAUUGGUAAUUGAUGAUAAUCAGAAGCAGUGGAAGUUUCAGAUAUAUACCCAAGAACAUGCUCUAGCAGGUUUUGAAGGCCUUAUGUGGGAAGAAUUCCAUGAUUUUUAUUUUAACCACUAUGAAUGUGUAAAUGUUAUAUUGAUUUACACUGGAAACCAAUACUUUAGAGUCAGGGUAUUUAACAAAGAAGGGUACUGUAUCAGCAAUCAUCAAAACACAGUCAGUUCAGACACAUCUAAAGGUGAGGUUGACAUAAUUAACUACAUAAGGUCCAACAGUGAUCAGAAUACUUUCAAUGUGGUUAUGACCAAUGAUGUAAUUAACAAAGGCCGACUGGAGAUACCAUGGCACAUUGUCAGAAGAUUGGACAUUCAAGACUAUCAAUUGUUGAUCCUAUACUACGAUGGAGAACCUAUAAUGAGUAUGGUUCGUGCCAGUUCUGGAGAUUUUCCACAUAGAUUCAUUGUUCAAGGAGACCUCCAAUAUAUGAUGACUUUGAAAAGGAUCCUAACUGGUAUAAAACUCGGAUUUCGUAUAAACGCGCAGAAGGCAGCCAACAAGGAGUCAUUGAUAUUGGAAGUUCUAAAGCAGACAUUAGACAAGAAAAGGAAUAGAGUUCUUCGACCUAUAAGAUAUGUUAAAAGUAAAGUUCCUAUAAGAUUACCACGCCCUGAUCUAUUGACUGCUAAGAUAUCAAGGUAUCAGAGGAAGAAUAUCUUAUAUCAGAGACGUUUCAGUUUAGUUAUCAAUAACCACUCUCCAGUCAUCUCCAACAGGGAAAGACCAUUUUCUGGAAAGGGUUCUCGAUUGGAGAGGAAGAAACAUCUUGAUAAAAAGAAGGGCAAAGUUAUUCAUGAAGAACAACAUGUUACCCUUGGUGGUAUUGUUAUAAGUCAUUCCAACAAUUUCACAGGAAAUGUUUUCAGGAAUACAUUUUCACCAGAAAUUAAGUCUACAGCAAGUGCUAAUCAAGGUUUCAAUUCCAAUUCACAGUUACAUAAAAAUGUAACUAAAGUUAAAGGUACAGUUUAUAUUCCAAGUUUACCCUUUCUUUUCAAGUGUUUAUUGUACUUAACAGUUACACAGACUGAAUUGACAUAA